AUGCUCUCCCGACACCUCGAUUUCUGCUCCAGCAGGAACCAGGUUAACUCCGUCAGUGUCGCCGAGCUGUCCCUGUCGCUCAUCCCCGACGCCGGGCUGCGGCUGAGCAUCGACGUGGACCUCGGCAUCGCACCCGCCCCAUCCACCACCAAGGUGAUGAGGCUGUCCAUCCUGGCGGAGCUCCGCGUGGAGAUGAACCCCGAAGGGAACCUGGAGCUGGUGACCUCUGCCUGCAAACCCACCGUGGAGGAGAUGCAGAGCACCGAGGAGCUGGAAAGCAAGUCCUCUCGUUCAGACGUGGACGUGGAGAUCAACGUCGAUAAGAUUUGCCUGGAAAUCUCCAAACUGCUGCUUUUGCCACACGAACAGCUGACCUCUCUGACGGCUCCGUUCCCCGUCACGCCGAGCUGCCAGAUCCAGUACUUGCCCCUGGCUGCGCCCGUGUUCUCGGAGCAGGGAAUCACCGUAUCCUUGCAGACGACUUUCCAGGUGGGGGGGAUGGCGAUCCCCCUGCCCGGCAGCCCCGUGCCGUUCAGCGUGCCCGAGCCAGCAGGCGCCGGCCCUUCCCACCUCACCCUGGCUUUCUCUGAGCACUUCUACACCAGCCUCUUCUCCGCCCUGGAGGAGGCUGGAGCCUUCAACAUGACCAUCCUGGUGAGUGGAGCUGCCUUACUGGAGGAGCUCCUUCUGCCCGCGAUCCGUGCGGAGGUACCGGCCCAGCUGAACGUGGUCCUGAGCAACGGCGUGGUCCUGCCCCACGUCUCCAGCUUCGCCUACACCGAUGUCAACGUCGUGAUUCACAAGGGCUACGUCCUGGUUCCCUGCAACCUCAGGCUCCAGGCGAGGACCGGAGCACAGACCAUCGCGGGCUGA